CCGGUCAAAGGAUGCAAAGGGAUGAGAGAAAAAAAAGGACUGUAGUUAGAGAGAAACACACAGAACACCUACACACACAGAAAGCAGAGCCAGAUGGGAGACCUGAAUGGGAGACCUGAACUGCUACAUGGGCUGACAACAGGCUUAAAGAUAAACCCCUCAGGGGUAACGGGGCUGAUCCGUCAGUCUCUGGAGGCUAAAACGUUUGCGUACUGUCCCUACAGCAAGUUCAGAGUUGGGGCUGCACUUCUGGUCAAUGAUGGCAAAGUAUUCACAGUAGGCUGCAAUGUAGAAAACGCCUGCUACAACCUGGGCAUCUGUGCCGAGAGGACCGCCAUCUCGAAAGCCGUAUCAGAAGGAUACAGAGACUUCCAAGCCAUUGCAAUAGCCAGUGAUAUGAGUGAACAGUUCAUCUCCCCAUGUGGAGCAUGUAGGCAGUUCAUGAGGGAAUUUGGUGGCAACUGGGUGGUGUACUUAUCCAAACCGGAUGGUUCGCACGUGGAGAUGACAGUGGAAGAACUGCUGCCGGAGUCUUUCGGACCAGAGGAUCUGAAGAUGAAGAGGGUGCACACUAUUCUAAAGGAAUUUUGACUCAUUUUGCAGACAUUUUUCACCCCAUUUAUAAUAUUAUGCAAAAACAGGAUCUUAUAAAAGCAUGUAUUACAGUGGUUAAAGACAUCAAGGGUCAUCAAGACACAUGGGGAUAAAGAUUGUUCUGGAAUUUAAAAUUUUGAAAGCUUUCUGAAAGACAUGUAGAAGAUGGAAUGAAGAAGCUUCAAGGCCUGUCAUAAAAUAAGUCACUAAGUUACAUGUGCAUGUGUAUUCCUCUCAGACAGAGUUCAAAGUAGAAGCAUUUAGAGCUAAACAUUAACGAUCUAAAACAUCCUGCACUUAUAUCCUGGUGAUUCUCGUUUUUUUUUUUUUUUGUUUUGUUAUCCUGCUGGCAAAAAAUAAACCAAGGUUUAUUAUUUUUGGUGCUGAUUUGUAAUAUGAAAAAUUCAUAUUACAUCAGUGGACUUUUACAUGCAAGUGUCUUUACUUGUAAUUUUAAGCCGUAUUUAAAAAGACAGUUGUGUGUUAAAUAAAGUUGAUGUAAAUUAAACAUAAACCAAUAGUAUUGUCUAUUACAUGCUAAUAUAUUUACUGUCAAAGAUCUUAGGUAAAAAUACCAAUAAAUGAAAUGACUGCAGUAAUA